AGGCCAAUUGCAUACAUUGCUUCGUAAAUACUACAUUCUUUCUGUAGGAGUUCUCUGUUAUACGGCUACGUUACUCAAACGUGGAUGAGUAAGUACAUGUUUGACAAGAACAUGUUGACCCAAUGGUGACCAUUAUACUCUAGUACACAUACUCGAAUUUUAGAAAAAUGAAAAUUUCCAUUGAUGAAGAUAAGCAAGCAACUUCGACUGUAUGUACAAAAUGGAAUUAAUUUUGUUCUCAGCAAUCAACAAACAACGUACAAGUGACGAGAUAUGGUCUUUCCCCAUUCUUCAAUGACUGCUGAGCAUGGUUAUUGAAACUUAAAGGAGAAAAGACAUAUGGUAUAUAAAACGCUGCGUUUUAUUAUGCAAAUGCCACAAGCUAGAAGCUCUAGUCUAGUGUGUAGGCAACAAGAUUAACGGCGAUGAAUACGUGAUUGAGAAUGGCCCAACGCAUAAAAUGAGCUCAUUUGGUUUCUGGAAAUCGUCCUCAACUAACUGCUCUUCUCUCUCAGUUCCACUGAUUCUGAUGGCUUUUGCGCAUUAUUUGGUUACAGUUCCAGUCCAUACUUCAAAGCACGCAAAGGUUUCAAACCCACUUUUUUCUUCUUAUUUUGAUCAGUCUCUGCCUUCUUCCUUAGCUUUUACAUCUUUUCCUCCUCUCUUGUCUAUAGCUCGAAAUCUCUCUAACUUUCCUACAAUCAGACACAAAGCAAAGGCUGUUCCUCAACCUCAAGACUCUGAAGUGAGCUUAGUUGCUGAUGCAUUUACUCAUUUCAAGCAUCUGCUUCUGCCAAUAACAGACAGAAAUCCGUAUCUUUCCGAAGGAACAAGACAGGCAGCUGCAACUACUGCUGCUUUGGCCAAGAACUAUGGCGCUGACAUUACUGUCGUGGUUAUAGAUGAAAAACAGAAAGAGGAGUUGCCAGAACAUGGAACUCAACUGUCCAGCAUACGCUGGCAUUUCUCUCAAGGUGGGUUUAAGGAAUUCAAGUUGUUGGAACGACUUGGGGAAGGAAGCAAGGCUACUGCGAUCAUUGCCGAAGUUGCGGACGACCUAAAUCUGGAUCUAGUGGUGAUGAGCAUGGAAGCCAUCCGCUCCAAGCACGUGGACGCAAAUCUACUGGUUGAGUUCAUUCCCUGCCCUGUCUUAUUUUUACCAUUAUAAGAUGUAGCAGUCGGAACAGAUGAUUGCCCUAGGCUUUUAGUGAUCUCCGUUCUAAUCUGUUUGUUUGAGGGAUGCUAGGUGAAUUGUGGCAUCUUCUACUAAUUGGACUUUGCUCUAGAAAUUAGCAUCUUUUUUCCCAUGGGACGGUUGAAGCUUGACAUGAAAUGCAUCUACUUAAACUAAAGUAGUAGCAGAGUGAGUGAUAUCCAUAACUUAUGGGAGCUUCCCCUUUCUUAAUUUCCGUCCAAUUCCAUUGUAUUCCUUUACGAAUAGUUGCUAUUUUCACACUUUUUGUCAUCA